AUGGGAGUUGUGACAGUUGACGAAAUUAAUUUCCAACGUUUAUUGGAUCGAAGUAAAAGACUUUGCGGUGAGAAUCUUGUUGAAAAUGUGUUCAAGCUUAAAGCAGCUCUCAUUGAGCUGGAAGCAAUUUUUAGCCGCUUGCAAGAUGAUCGAAAUCUUGAUACUGAUCUGUUGAUGCAAUAUGGCAGAGAUAUGCAUCAGUUGAAGCUUCUCGUAGAAGCUGAACAAAAAAAAACACCUGAAGAACGCUUGCGAUGGAUUGACAUGCUUCCAUCAGUAUUUCCUCCAUUUAACCCAUCAACAAGUUUAUCAGAUGAUUGUAACGAAUCACGAUUUGCUUUUACUAAUGGCAAUAGCAAUAGCAAUAGCAUCGAAGGCUUAAAAGCAAAAAAUAAAGCUGUUUAUCGUGCCGAUCUUCCUAUAAUUAUAUUAUUAUUACUUCGACUGUUUAUUCAGCAAUUAUCCGAAAAUGUUAAUUUGGACGAAGUGAUUCGUGCGGAAAAUGAAAAACAAGAAAAACUUGCCAAAGAUUUAUUAGAAAUGGCGAUUCUCAUGAAACAAACAUAUACUACAGCAAGCGUUGUUCUACAAGAUGAUAACACUGUUCUAUCACGACUACAAAAAGCUGCCGAAACCAAUAAAAUGAAACUUGAAAUUGAAAGCCGUCGUCUUGAAGAACAUGCUUAUCGCUCUUGGUGUGAUUGUAUGUAUCUUAUCGGUAUUUUCAUCAUUAUUUCCUCGUUUAUUUCAAUGGUUAUUGUUAUGAAAAUGUUUUCGAAGAAGUAUUGA